AUGGGUGUCGGCUGGAGGAAGCUGGCCCCACUCUGGGCCCUGGCCCUCACCCUGGCCUGUGCCCAGCACACAGGCCAGGCCCAGGAUGGCUCUGUGGAACAUGGCCACAAGUCCCCAGACCUUUCCGUCCCCCAGGAGCUUGGUGGCCACCCACUCCAUGUGAUGACCAUCUUGCCCCCUCUGAGGACAGCCCUGGUGGUGCGAGCCCGGAACCCCGCGCACAACGGGCGCGUGUGCAGCGCCUGGGGCGACUUCCACUACAAGACCUUCGACGGCGACACCCAGGCCGCCUGCCCCAACGUCAAGAACAGCUUCGAGGACCCCUGCUCCCUCAGCGUGGAGAACGAGAAGUACGCUCAGCACUGGUGCUCCCGGCUGACGGACGCCCACGGCCCCUUCGCCCGCUGCCAUGCUGCCGUGAACCCUGGCACCUACUACUCGGCCCUGAGGGUUGUGGCUGGCCGGGCCCUGGAGUCCACGUGGCAGAUCGGUGGUGGCCGAGACGCUCUGGGGUCUAAGCCUGACCACACGGGCUGGCACCUGUCGGGUCCCAGACAGGAGGGGCUGUGGUCCUUCCAGCACUCACCUGGAGGGGAGCUUGGUGCCAAGAUGGUGUGCGGAGGGCGUGGGGGCCCCUGCACCUGUAAGAACAGGAUGUGGCACUGCACAGAGGAUGCCUGCCUGGCCGCCUGCGCGGUGUACGGGGACGGCCACCACCUCACCUUCGACGGAAAGAGCUACAGCUUCAGUGGGGACUGUGGGUACACGCUGGUCCAGGACCACUGUGGGGGCAACAGCACUGCCAACGGCACCUUCCGCGUGGUCACCGAGAACCUCGUGUGCCGGAACCGGGACCAGGAGGGCAAUGUCGGGAUGUGCCUCAACUAUGAGGUCCGGGUUUUGUGCUGUGAGCCCCCAGAGAACUGCAGUCACACUUCUGUGAAGCCCCACGUGACUUCACCUACCAAGCACUCGUCCCCUCCCGAACCUACCUCCGUGGUGUCCACUGUGCCGUUGCCCAGCUCCGUGGCGCCAUCCACCACGACAUGCUACUGCAGCGUGUCUGGCAAGCUCUACUCCGCAGGAUCCAUCGUUUACCAACAGACCGACCUCGCCGGUCACUGCUACUAUGCCAUGUGCACUCUGGAUUGCCACGUGGUCAGGCGGAUGGACCAGUCCUGCCCCAGCAGCGUGUCACCUCCUGCCCCGACCACCUCCCCCCACGGCUUCUCCUCGUCGUCCUCCAGGACUGUCACUAAGCAGGGGUGCCCCAACGCAGUCCCCCCAAGAAUGAAAGGCGAGACCUGGCCCACGCCCAACUGCUCUCAGGCCACUUGUGAGGGCAACGGAGUCAUCAGCGUGCACCAGCGCCGCUGUCCCCACGCUCAGCCGCCGACCUGUGCCAACGGCUUCCCCCCCGCCAAGGUGGCCGACCACGGCGACUGUUGUCCAGGCUACCAGUGCCAAUGUGUGUGCAGCGGCUGGGGCGACCCCCACUACAUCACCUUCGACGGCACGUACUACACAUUCCUGGGCAACUGCACAUACGUGCUGGUGCAGCAGAUCAUGCCCGUGUAUGAGCAUUUCCGCGUGCUCAUCAACAACUACUUCUGUGGGGCCGAGGACGGGCUCUCCUGCCCGCAGUCCAUCAUCGUCGAGUACCGGCAGGACCGCGUCGUGCUGACCCGCAAGCCCGUCCUCGGUGUGAUGACCAACGAGAUCAUCUUCAAUGAGAAAGUGGUCAGGCCCGGCUUCCAGAAGGAUGGCAUGAGCGUGUUCCAAAUCGGCAUCAAGAUGUACGUGACCAUCCCCGAGCUUGGCGUCCAGGUCAUGUUCUCCGGCCUCAUCUUCUCGGUGGAGGUGCCUUUCAGCAAGUUUGCUAACAACACAGAGGGCCAGUGCGGCACCUGCACCAAUGACAAGAAGGACGAGUGUCGCCUGCCUGGGGGGGCGGUGGCGGCCUCCUGCUCCGAUAUGUCCGGCCACUGGAAGGUGACAACACCCCACCAGCCACUCUGCCACGAACCUUCCCCGAUGCGCCCUCCAGCCAGGCCCACGCCUUCGCCCACCCCGUGCUCGUCGUCCUCAAUCUGCCAGCUGAUUCUGAGCAAGGUCUUUGAGCGGUGCCACGCUGUGAUCCCCCCGAUGAACUUCUACCAAGGCUGCGUCUUCGACCAGUGCCAUAAGACCGACUCGGGCGUGGUGUGCUCCAGCCUGGAGCUGUACGCGUCCCUCUGCGCCUCCCGCGGCGUGUGCAUCCACUGGAGGAACCACACCAGCCACGCGUGCCCGUUCACCUGCCCUGCUGACAAGGUGUACCAGCCCUGUGGCCCGUCCGAGCUCUCCUACUGCUACGGGAGAGACAACACCAGCCUCAUGGCUCUGCAGGACACUGGCCCCAUCACAGAAGGCUGCUUCUGUCCAGAGGACAUGAUGCCUUUCAGCACGAGCUCUGACGUCUGUGUGCCCAUAGACUGCCACAAGUGCCUGGGGCCCCACGGGGAGCCUGUGGAGCCCGGCCACACCGUCCACGUGGACUGUCAGGAGUGCACCUGUGGGAACAGCACGCUGACCUUGAUCUGUCAGAGGAAGCCCUGCCCCCUGCCCCCAGCCUGCCCCGUGCCCGGCUUCGUGCCCGUGCCUGCAGCCCCCCAGGCCGACCAGUGCUGUCCCCAGUACAACUGCGCCUGUGAUCCCAGCUACUGCCCCAAGCCCGUGGCCUGUCCCGAGGGCUCCGGCCUGAUCUUGACCUACGAGGAGGGGGCCUGCUGCCCGAGCCAGAACUGCAGCUGGAGUGUCUGCAGUGUCAACGGCACCUUGUACCAGCCCGGCUCCGUGGUCUCCUCCAGUCUGUGUGAAACGUGCCGAUGCGAGGUGCCCGGCCGUCCCUCUUCGGACACAGCCGUGAUCAGCUGCGAGACCCAGAUUUGCGACACCCGCUGCCCCGUGGGCUUUGAGUACCGGGAGCAGAGCGGGCGGUGCUGCGGUGGGUGCGAGCCGCAGGCCUGCGUCCUCAACACCAGCGACAGCUCCGUCCAUGUCUUCUACCCCGGCCAGUCCUGGUCAGACCCUGGGAACCCCUGUGUGACCCACGAGUGUGAGGAGCACUGGGACGGGCUUGUGGUGGUGACCAGGAAGAAGGCGUGUCCCCCACUCCGCUGUCCUGCGGACCAGGCCCGGCCGAGCGCGGAUGGUUGCUGUGUGUCCUGUCCUCCAUCCCCAUCCCAGCACAACUUGACCUGCACCAUGUUCAACGAGUCCCGGGUCAUCAAGCAGCAAGGCUGCAGCUCUUUCGGGCCCGUGCUCCUGCCCUACUGCCAGGGCAACUGUGGGGACAGCGCCUCCAAGUACUCCCAGGAGGCCAACGCCAUGCAGCACCGCUGUGAGUGCUGCCAGGGACUGCGUGUCUCCCUGAGGAACGUGACCCUGCUCUGCGCGGACGGCUCCAGCCAGGCCUUCAGCUACCCCCACGUGGAGGAGUGUGGCUGCGUGGGGCAGCGCUGUGGGUCUCACGGCACCCCGGGCCACGCGGAGGGGUCGGGGCCUGUGGAGAGCGAUGAGGACCGGAGCCAGGAGAUGCAGCGUGCGGGCGGGAAGAGCGGGGCCAGGGCCACAGGCCCUCCCAGCCGACUGACCAGCACCCGUCCUCAGGGCUCCCGGCAACCCCUGUCCGGGAUACACCGAUGA